AUGCCUGUUGCACUCGAGAUCCCCGAUCAGUAUAGCUACGUGCUCGCCGUAGCCACCACCACGUUCUUUCUCAACACCGUCCACAUGUUGCGCACUUCCAAGUUCAGAAAGCUCGCCAGGGUCCCCUACCCCGCUCCCUACGCCUCGGACGAGGAGGUUGCAAAGAACCCGAGCGCCUCCAAGUUCAACUGUGCCCAGCGUGCUCACGCCAACUUCACGGAGAACCUGACUCCCUUCCUCGGCUCACUCCUCGUCGCCGGCGUUCAGCAUCCCGUCGCCGCCGCCACCCUCGGCGGUGCCUGGUCUUUCUCCCGCCUCAUCUACCUCCUGGGCUACACCAGCGACGCCGGCCCCAAGGGCCGUGUUGUCGGUUUCGGCCUCAGUGCCCUCUGCGACAUUAUUCUCAAGGGUUACGCUGCCUACACCUGUUACCAGCUGAUAUUCUAA